AUGGAGUCUAUACAGUCAUGGAUCUCCCAACACAAGCUCACCAGCAUUGGCAUAUUAUGGGCUGCGGCAAUUGGAGCUUCAAUGACUUAUUCAGGUGCAAGAACCACAUUUAAGCCAAGCCUCAGGCUCAUUCAUGCCAGGAUGCACGCACAGGCCGCGACUCUUGCGGUGCUCUCCGGUGCGGCUGCCUACCAUUACUAUGAGAAACGUGCUGAAGAAAAUGCGACAUUGGCUAAACUAGCCGAGUGA